CUCCGCCCGCACGACUCAACUCCGUGGGAAGGAGAACACAUCAGACGUCCGCUGGAUGCUGCGCUUCACCAGCCUCUGACUCUAUACAUCAAAUAUUGUUGUUAGGGGGGGAGCAUUCAUGUAUUAACCUUAAAAACACACUCAUACACACACAGUGCGUUAAUAGAAGAUGAUUUCUCCGUGGGACCGGUGGUACUCGACGAGCUGCUGCCUGUGCUGCCAUGUCCGGACGGGCACCAUUAUUCUGGGAAUAUGGUACAUGAUAAUCAAUGCAGUGGUCCUUCUUAUCCUAUUGUCAGCUCUGUACGAUCCAGUUCAGUACCGGUACCACCUUACCAGCUCUGAGUUGGGAACUGACAUCGAUGUUAUGGACGAUGCAAGUAAGGGCCCUAUGUUUGAUAUCUGUAUUGCAACAGCUAUAUCCCUUCUCAUGAUACUAAUAUGUGGGAUGGCAACAUACGGUGCUUACAAGCAACACGCCGCUUGGAUCAUUCCAUUUUUCUGCUACCAGAUCUUCGAUUUUGCCCUUAACACACUGGUGGCCAUUAGCGUGGUGGUUUAUCCCAACACUGUGCAGGACUAUCUGCAGCAGCUGCCGGGGACAUUCCCUUACAAGGAGGACAUCAUGUCCACAAACAAUGUGUGCCUAGUCUUUGCAGUUCUGCUCUUCAUCGGCUGCAUCCUCUCCUUCAAGGCCUAUCUGAUUGGUUGCGUGUGGAACUGCUACAGGUAUGUGAGCGGCAGAGGCACCACAGAAGUCCUGGUUUAUGUCACUACAAAUGACACCACGGUUCUGCUGCCACCAUAUGAGGAAGCAGUAGCCAUCCCACCCAAGGACCCUCCUCCCCAGUACUUGGAGGCAUGAGAACCGACCUCACUGCUGAACUAUUUACCCCAAACACUCUUCCCAUCUACUCCUCAGCAUUCGGAUGCCAACUCAAGCUGCAGUAACAACCCAAACCCGUGAUUUUAGAUGCCAGAUUCCUUUAAGCUGACCUUGCGGUAACUUGGCUCCCCCUCCACAUCCUCCUACCGCCCAGAUUGUUGUGACGCAUCAGCUCCUCCAAGGACAGUGCUCCCUGUAGGAGGCGCCCGAACUCUUGCUACACACGGUACGCCCCGGCCCAACUUCUUGUGAACUCCUUAUUUUGCUUUAAUUACAAACUACCCUCUUGGCCACCAACUGUUAAGCCCCAAUACUGUGAAUUAACCCUGGUGUCUUCGAAUAGAGACUAACUAUUAAAAUAUGGGUGAAGCAAAGAAGAGUGUGAAAGCAAAAGCAACAAAUGUUAUCAGCAUGAUAGCACUUUAAAAAAAGGAUAAAUUUUCUUCAAUGAAUGUAAUGUUGAGGUAUUUUUGUAUGACUUUUUGUAUUACGUAAAAACGGAGGGAAAUUUGAGAAGUGGAAAUGUGUGUUAUCCUGGAUGAUUAACACGUCACUCAUCCUGUGGGAAGGUAGAUGGUAAAAAGACACCAUGACCGAUAAAAAUGUCUUUAUGUGUUAACCCAUCAACUGCCAGUGAUCCACCAAUCUCUCCUCAUAUUCCAGUUUGCCUUUUUGUCUGUGUUCCAUGACUUAACGUGAUUAUCCAGUUAAGCCUCUAUCUUAGAGCUGUUUACACUCCAACCCCUUGCAGAUCCACUUAGAUGUAGUAAAACAUCCUUCCAUCGCAGCAGCAUCGACUGUGUCUCUAUGGUUUGUUUUUAGUGGCAGUGAUAAUCUCUGUGUAUCAUUUGACCUUUUUUAGAUGGUUGGAGGGUAUUUCUCUGUAAAGACCGCAUGACAUGCUGCUGUACAGGAAUCUUUGUUUCUGUGUGCGUGCUACACAUAUUUAAUAUCUCCAUCUUUUGUAUGUAGUGUUUCUGUUGCACAUGCUUCAAACUCCUAUUAGAUGUUGAGGUCAGGUUCAUACUGGUGUCUAAGGCUUAUUCUGUGUAAAUGUUCAACAGUUGAGACCGAUAAUGAGGGGACAAAUAGUAGAUGCCGAGUAAAUAUUCCAAUGUUUUUGUCUGAAUUAGGGAUAUUUGUGAGUGCUGUCAAUAAAUUUGAGUUUUCAAUUAAGGAAAGGAUCUUGAAAGAUAUUUUAUGACAUACAAUCAAUCAGUUUGUCAUGGUAGCAAAAGGUUUUCUGAAUCUUUAUAUAUAAUCUUACAUUUUGAGAAAUGCAUUUUAGGGGUUUCAUGUAAACCUGCAUAAAAAAUAAACACAUGAACCGUGCAAUCUUUAAUGACUUUAUAUUAUAUAAAAGUUGGAGUUUUUUAAUCAAAUCACUGGAUUAACCUGUCAGGGACACUUUGUUGACGUACACCUGUAUCAUACAACUGCAUUAAUCAGCUCACUAGUUUAGUUUUAUUAUGUUUAAUACUUGAAUCCUGUUCUUAUUGUCUUCCCACUAUCAUGUUUAAUAUCUGCCCAAGGCCUCUGCAAAUCUGACAGUACUCAGAAUAUAAAUGCACUUUAGAGGCAGCUUCAGGCCACUGGUCUCUGGUGUUUCAGCUCAUUUUCACCUUAAUAUGCUGUAGCUACGUGUCUCCUAAUGUUUCCCCGUUUUCCCAAACUAUACGUUUAUGGUUCGACAUUAAAAGCAAUUUUUGCAUCUUUGUGAAAGUUGCAGAACUGACAGAUUUUCAGAGAUUUCUGAACUGUCCUCAUUGCAGAAACUAAUGGAUCAUUUAUCCUGUCAGGAUUUCUCCCUUUUGUUUGAUCUGCAUGAGUUCAUGUUUUCAAUUUAAAACAAUAAAGAUUUCAA